AAAUCACACUCAAUAUUCCGACAUAAUAAAACGCAUCAUUUUGGUUCAAAUUGAUAUCACUCUCAAAAAAAACCUACACACUAUUCUUCAUCUUCUUCUUCAGCAAUGUACAAGAACAAGCUUCAAGAACUGUGCCAGAAGAAAGCAUGGAGUUUACCAUCAUACGACACCACAAGAGACGGACCACCGCACAAUCCAGUUUUCACCACUAAGGUUACCGUCAAUUCCAUCCCGUUCACUUCAUCGACGCCGUUGCGAACCCUCAAGUUGUCGCAAAACGACGCUGCAAUGAUCGCGUUUAAUCAUUUCUCGGAACAAAACCCUAUCGCUUCGCCGUUUCUUCCUAAUCUCGCUUCUUUUCCUCAACCUAGCUUCCCCGCUCCUCUCAAUGCAGCUGUUUCGCAAGUUGGACAUGCAGGUUCAGGUUCACCGGUUCGCAGUCCUGGUGUUGGUGAUAUACUUCCGACUAACAGAGUGUUGCAACCGAGUUCUGAACUACCAGCAUGCCAAACUGCUCAGAUCAAUAGCACUGUUGCAACUGUUGCAGAUGUUCCGGACGAACAAGACCUGAAAUUUAUGGUUCAUUUGUACAAGAAUCAGCUCCACACUUAUGCACAAAAGAGAGGCUUACGUCUUCCGGAGUAUGCUCCUCAGUGGGAGGGUCCACCUCAUGCCAAACGUUUCAGGUGCAAAGUUACAAUUGAUGGACAGACCUUCCAGAGUCCUAAGUUCUAUCCUACAGUGAAGGAAGCUGAACACGCAGCAGCUGAAAUUGCUUUUAAAUCAUUAUCACCAAAUGGAGUUCAAGAGGAUGAACUUGUGGUAUACAAGAAUCUCUUGCAAGAGUUAGUUCAAAAGGAAGGAUUUCGAUUGCCUGUUUAUAAUACCAAUAAAUCUGGCGAGGCUCACAAGCCUACAUUUAUCUCGCAAGUGGAGGUAGAAGGGGCGGUAUUUACAGGUCAGGAAUCUAAAUCCAAGAAGCAGGCAGAGAUGGCUGCAGCCAAGGUUGCUUAUACAACUUUGAAAAAACGUAAAGCUCAUGAUGGACAAGCUCCCGAGUCUUUACCUAACUGCUCAAAGGAAAAUGUCAUAACUGGUUUGCAACACCAUUCUAAUGGAGAAACAUCUGUAAGCCCUGGAUUAGUCGUCCAGAGUCCACCUAACAUAGAUAAUGAGGAGAAAAAAUCGCAUUCAACUGGAAAUAUGAAUGGCUUCUCAGUAGUUUCUUCCUCAACAGAAUGCAAGCCUAUUCCUUCAUACUUUGACCGCGACAAUGUUGAUGUUGGGACUAGUAAUAUGGCAACUGCAGAAGACGACAGCCCCCCUUUGCGCCCAAAAAAGGUCAUUGUUUAUGCAAAAAAGACAAAUGUUGAUAUUGAAAAUGGUGGUGCUUUGAUGCAGAUCAGCGACGACAAGUGGGCUGCUUACUCCUAUUCUCGUCAAGAUGAUUGAAAAGCUGCAAGCUUCUUGUCUGAAUGGUAUUUUAUGGCAAUUUGGGAUUAAUGCUUAUAAGCACUCUGAUAACUAUAUACAUUACUUUUUGUACUUUUUAUUUGCUUCAAGACUCUUUUGGUCAUGAAGUCUAGAGUUUAUAAUUCACCUUUUUAAAGAUGAACAAUUGGAAUGUCGCAGUUUUGAACCCGCGCCCCGGCAUUUGUUUCAAGACUUGAUAGCUAGCUAGCUAGCUCACCGGCUCACUCAGUUAUAUAUUAUAUGUUUCCCUGCCCUCAAAUAAGACACAUUUUCUUAAGAGUUAUUGAUAAAGACACAUUUUCUUAAGAAUUAUUGAUAAUUUUAAUAAGA